AUAAAUUGUUGGAUUGACCAGGCGGUUUGAUUUGAUAGCAGCGCCAGCGAGUUCAUACUGAGAGCCCUGUGGCGGGAUAUUUUUGAGUGGAUUUGUACUCCCCACACUGUUUGGACCGUAUCUAUAGUUCCAGAGCUCGGAUUACAAUAAUUUUUGGGUCCAAAUCAUAAGAAGACAUAGGAGAAUAAUAAUUGACUAUCCAUCGAUUCAAAGGAGCAACAAGAGGACCAGCGCCAGAGCGACGAGCGACCAGCGCCAGUGGCAGAAUAUUUUUUUGAUUGGAUUUGCACCCCGACACUGUUCGGACCGUAUCUAUAGUUCCAGAGCUCUGAUUACAAUAAUUUUUGGGUCCAAAUCAUCAGAAAAUAUAGAAGAACAAGAUUCGACUAUCCAUCGAUUCAAAGGAGCAACGAGCGGACCAGCGCCAGUGUGAAUCAAUUAAACAACAAAAAUGCCAACCACAGGAAAAAAACAACAGCUCAAGAUCCAGAGCAUCAUUGAAGGAAAGACCAUCCUCACCAACCUUUCCUCCUUCUUGGAUGAAGUCCUUGCCAUUGUUGCCAGUGGAGAAAAAAGAGACUUGAUGAAGCUACCUCUGAAGAUCAAGUUGAUGACAAAGGGAGUUGGUAAAGUGGUUGACCUCCUAGACCAAGCACUCAAAUAUGAUGGAAAUUUCAGACUGGCAAAUGACCUUCUAUCUGCUACAGUGGCUGAAGAAAAGAAGCAGCGAGUCAUCAGUGAAAGGCUUCAGACAUCUGCCAAGUUGGUGAACAAGAGGAAGUCUAUGGUUGAACAGGUGCUUGAGAAAUCAAUCAAGAAUCCAGAUACCCCAUCCAUAGUAUCACCUCCAGCAAAGAGACAAAGACGAAGGUCAUCCACAAAGUCAGCUGAUAGCAUUGUAACCCAAUUAGAGAAUUAUGAGAAACCCAAUGUGGAAGGAUCAAGAUACUGUUUGAGACAAUUGGUAGUGCUUACUCAGAUUGACACAAAGAGUCCAGUAUUCAAUUAUUCAGUGAAGCCUCUCAUGCAGAUGUUGAGUGAAGGGAAGAAAUGUGUUGUCAACUAUCACACUCUUCAAAGAUGGAUUAGGAAGUACAAUGAGAAGAAGAUUCUCCCACUGAAAGGAGAUGAGGGCAUUAAACAAGGAAGGCCAGCACUUGUGUCAAUCAGGAAUCUUCCAAGUCUGAACAAUAGAGUAUUGCAGAAUUCAGGGAAAGUUGACACUCUGCAGGAUCUUUCAAACGGCAUUGGGAAUCUUCAUCAACAAGAGAUGGAAGAAAAAGGAUCACAGACCAUUGGAAAGCCCACACCUAUUUGCAGUCAUACUCUUAAGAAGUACACCAGCCAAUUGAGUUUCUUACCAACCAAAAAUACAAGGGCCCUCGGCUAGUCGGUGAUAUCAUCGAGUUUUGUUCCGUUGAAGGCUUUUGGUCCAACAAACCUCACCUUCAUGAUAUGACAAGAAUGAAAAGAAAAUGUUGAUGUGACGGUGCUACGAAGGAAAGAAACCAAUAAUUUUCGUUACAAAUA